UCGACCUCUCCUGAUCGAUUUCGAAGCCAGAAGGAGAGAGGAAAAGCGAAGAGUUUAUCAGAUGGCUCGGACCAAGCAAACUGCUCGCAAGUCCACUGGAGGGAAGGCCCCUAGGAAGCAGCUUGCUACCAAGGCUGCUCGCAAGUCUGCCCCCACCACUGGAGGAGUGAAGAAGCCCCACCGAUUCCGGCCAGGAACUGUUGCUUUGCGUGAGAUUCGCAAGUACCAGAAGAGCACGGAGCUUUUGAUCCGGAAGCUGCCAUUCCAGAGGCUUGUCAGGGAGAUUUCUCAGGACUACAAGACUGAUCUGCGAUUCCAGAGCCAUGCAGUGCUAGCGUUGCAGGAGGCAGCAGAGGCAUACCUUGUGGGGCUGUUCGAGGACACCAAUCUUUGUGCCAUUCAUGCCAAGCGUGUGACGAUCAUGCCCAAGGACAUUCAGCUGGCCAGGAGGAUUCGGGGUGAGAGGGCUUGAGCUUGCCCAUGUUGGCCUCAAAUACUGUCAACCUUUUCUAACAUAUGGGGUUUGUAUUUGGGGAACAAUUGGGAAAACAUUGUCGCUGAGUCAUUUUUGCAAUCGCUUUUUAAACUUCAACUUUUUCCUUAACAAAAGCAUGUGACUGUCUGGUUUGGUAUUGAUUUUGGUAAACAUGGUGGUACUCGAUGUUGGUACUUGUAGAUUUUAGCAGCAAUGUGUAAUUUUUCGGCUUCAACUUUUUCCUUAACAAAAGCAUGUGACUGUCUGGUUUGGUAUU